AUGUGUCAUUCUCCUCACCACAUCGACUCCGAUUUGUCUCCACUAGUACGAGAACUGUUAACUAAAAUGAAUGCCUUCAUCUGUCUAGCUUUCUGCCUUAUUGUGGCUGUUAGUUCAGCAGGUACAUAUGGAGGUGGGUCCGGUGGUGUGGGAGGAAGUAUGGGUGGAGGUGGAACAGGAGGCGGACCCUUCGGUGGAAUGGGCGGUGGAAAAGGAGGAAUGAGCGGUAUGGGCGGUGGUCCCUUCGGAGGAAUGGGAGGUGGAAAAGGAGGAAUGGGUGGAGAAAUGGGAGGUAGCCCCUUCGGAGGAAUGGGAGGCGGACCCUUCGGUGGAAUGGGAGGCGGACCCUUCGGUGGAAUGGGAGGUGGAAAAGGAGGAAUGGGUGGAGGAAUGGGAGGUAGCCCCUUCGGAGGAAUGGGAGGAGGACCCUUUGGUGGAAUGGGAGGUGGAAAAGGAGGAAUGGGUGGAGGAAUGGGAGGAGGACCCUUCGGUGGAAUGGGUGGUGGAAAAGGAGGAAUGGGAAGUGGACCCUUCGGAGGAAUGGGCGGCGGAAAAGGAGGAAUGGGAGGUGGAAUGGGAAGUGGACCCUUCGGAGGAAUGGGAGGAGGACCCUUCGGUGGAAUGGGCGGCGGAAAAGGAGGAAUGGGAGGUGGAAUGGGAGGUGGUCCCUUCGGAGGAAUGGGAGGUGGACCCUUCGGUGGAAUGGGAGGAGGACCCUUCGGUGGAUCGGGAAGUGGAAAAGGAGGAAUGGGAAGUGGAAUGGGAGGUGGUCCCUUCGGAGGAAUGGGCAGUGGACCUUUUGGAGGAAUGGGAGGAGGACCAUUCGGUGGAAUGGGCGGUGGAAAAGGAGGAAUGGGCGGAGGAAUGGGAGGUGGACCAUCCGGAGGAAUGGGCGAUAGACCUUUUGGAGGAAUGGGAGGUGGAAACGGCAGAAUCGGUGGAGGAUAUUAA